AUGGCUUUCGUGAGAAAUCUAUUGGGUGCAAAGAAGAUUCUUGGAGCCGUAACAAGCAAAAGGGCAACAUCAAUGGAACCACCAAAAGGGUUUCUUGCGGUGUACGUAGGAGAGAGCCAAAAGAAGAGAUAUGUGGUGCCAAUCUCAUUCUUGAGCCAGCCUUCAUUUCAAGCUCUACUAAGUAAAUCUGAAGAAGAGUUUGGAUUCGAUCAUCCAAUGGGUGGCUUAACCAUUCCUUGUCCCGAAGAUACAUUCAUCAAUGUGACUUCUCGGUUCUAGUGAUGAACUCUUCGAGUUAGAGAUAGACUUCGUUCCUUGUAGAUAGAGGAUAGCAAUUUUAUGCUAUGUGUACA